CCAGAAUCACUCCAAGAUGGCGGAAAUUUCGGACCAACUUUCGACAUCCGUAGAGAAAAUGUGGAUUUCUAAGUCGUCGUUGGCGAUUUUCGUGGGUGUAUCAGUCGCAACAAUAACCUACUACCUAUCUCAUGUUGUCAAAAAGCCAGUGCUGAUAACAGGCAGUAAGAGUUGUGCAGACUUCCUCCAGCACCACUGUCCUGUCCUGGUACAGGAGUACUACCCUACUGUCUGGUGCUUCACAUCGCGGGCACACACCAUCCUGUGUUCAGUACUGAGUGACCUGACAAGAUGGAAACUGCCACCAUACAGAAGGGAGGUUCUAGAUAUGCCUGAUGGAGGGGAGCUCCACCUGGACUGGCUGGAACACCAUGGCAACAGUCACUAUAACAACAGUCACCAUGACAACAGGACACACCCCAUCAUAGUCAUCCUCCCUGGGAUGUCAGGGAACAGCCGUUCACAUUAUGUUAUCAACCUAGCCAGAGGAGCGAGUAAGAAGGGAUACAGGAGUGUUGUGUACAACCAUAGAGGAAGCAAUGGAGUCAAACUGAAGAAUAACAAGUACUACUGUGCAGCUGACACUUCUGAUCUACAGCAUGUAGUCACUCACAUCAGGAAACUCUACCCAGACGCACCGCUCAUGGCUGCUGGGGUUUCACUUGGAGGAAUGAUCACCUUCAACUAUCUGGCCAAGUUUGGGAAAGACUGUGGUCUGGUAGCAGCCAUGGUUAUGUCCAUGCCUUGGAACACCUUUAAGACGACAGAGUCUCUUGAAGAACCUCUGAACCGACUGCUGUUUAACAAGUAUCUGACAUUUGGGCUGACACAAUAUGUAAGACAAAACAGGGAAGUCUUUGACAAGGACAGCCGGGUGGAUGUUGACCAUGCCCUCAAGUCGUCAACCAUAGCAGAGUAUGACAAGCGUUUCACCAUCAAAGUGUUUGGUUUUGAGUCUGUGGAUCAGUUUUACACACUGGCAAGUGCCUGCUACAAAGUCAGCAAAGUCCAAACCCCCUUGUUGAGCCUAAACGCAGCAGAUGACGUCUUUGCUCCCUUGAGCUCUAUUCCAACUAAAGAGAUAGAAAAGAACCCAAAUAUUGCCCUGGUGGUGACGUCGCACGGGGGCCACAUCGGCUUUGGUGAUUGGCUGUUCCCUUCCCGCGAGAGUUUCAUGGAUAAACUGUACCAGCAAUACGUGGAUGCUGUCUUCAAGUACAGACAGGAGGAACAUGUAGGCACACAGAAGAAGAGAGAAUGGGAGAACAGAGAAGAGUCCUGGGUAACAAAAGUAGACCCUGACACUAAAAGAAAUCUGGAAAAGGAGAGAAUGGUUGGAAAACGGGUAUCAAAAAGUCCAGGCGGUAAAUGGCCAUGUCCUGUGUGUGCUCGUGUUUGUGGUUCCAGGAUCGGACUUUACAGUCAUCAGAGAAUCCAUGAAAACGAGAAAAGGAAAGUGCUCUCAAUCCAGUUUUAGCUCACUGAAGAGCUAGUUUUUCACUGGUCGUCGUAGAGAGGACAAAUGCUAUGUAGUGUUUACAGGUCCAUUGUAUCGGGGGAAUUCCUCUAGUUCUUUAUACUCACACAAGCACAAUGACCAUGGCUUAACGUCCUGUCCUAAUACCCCC